GGGAAGAUUAGACAUAUCAGCUGUUUGUGCAUACAGCAUGACAAAUAUUCAGGAAGUCUUCUCCAAAGGAAACUACAAAGGACCUGUAACUGCAGAACAUUCCCCUGUUAAGUGGAUGGUAUAUAGGGGAGAAGUGCCAGUUCCACGUCCUGGUGCUUGCAUUGAUAAUUUUGCCCGGAGUAUUGGGUAUAAUACUACUUCUGACUUGCCUGACGGAGUUUUGCAGUUUGUUAGAGAUCACCCUCUAAUGGAUAAUUCUGUAAAUCCAAUUGGUAAUAGACCGGUGCUACUGAAGAGAGGUUCAAACUAUACCAGGAUUGUAGUGGACAGAGUCACUGGCCUAGACAAACAAACAUACGAUCUUAUGUUUCUAGGAACAGAUGAUGGAUAUUUGCAUAAAGCUUUCAAUUGUGAUGGGGAAAUGUUCAUUGUGGAAGAGCUACAGCUGUUUCUGUCUCCUGAGCCUGCACGAUCUCACAAGCUGUCUUCUGAAAAGGGAAUGCUUUAUGCAGGGUCCCUGUCUCAAGUGGUGCAGCUUCCCGUUUCUGGGUGCCACCGAUACAGGUAUUGCUUGGAUUGCAUCUUGGCCCGGGAUCCGUACUGCACAUGGUCUGAGUCUGCUAAUGAAUGUGUUCUGCUGGCAAAUCAAACUGGUCACGCCAU